UUGGAGAAUGGUAGGUAUUACUCUAUCGUCACAACAACAGAAGGUCAAAAUCGUCUUGAUCUUGAGAAAGCAAGGUUGGUGAUGAAUUUUAGUGGGAAGAUAGAGUAUUGGGAACAGAGCACAAACGGGACUUGGUCGUUGUUUGCUGUGAAUCCGAGUGACAAUUUUAGUGUGUACAAUUUUUGUGGAAAAUUUGGUAGCUGUAAUUUAAACGAUAAUAAAUUGCCAUGCAAAUGUUUGCCAGGGUUCAUGCCCCAUGUCCCUCAGAAGUGGUAUUCUGGAGAUUUUUCGGAUGGGUGCACCAAAAAUUUGAUGUCUUGUGGCGAUACCUUCUUGAACUUAAAGAUGAUGAAUAUAGGCAGAAAACCAGAACAAAGUCAUCAGGUCGGAAACGAAACAGAAUGCAAAGAAUUGUGCCUUAAAAACUGCGACUGCUCUUAUACAUAUGAUGAAAAGUCAUGCUUGAUUUGGACGCAGGAGCUAGUUAAUCUUCAAGAGGAGUAUGUUGAAGGUUAUAACCUCUCCAUCCGUGUAGCAAUUUCGGAUAUAGAACCAACUGUACAAAAUUGUGAGCCUUGUGGCACAAACAUGAUCCCUUAUCCACUUAGCACUAGCUCAAAUUGUGGUGAUCCUAUGUACUUCAGCUUCAAUUGCAACACUACCUCUGGCCAGGUUAGCUUCAAGGCCCUCGGUGGGACAUAUCGAGUCGCUAGUAUCUAUCAAAAUACAUCAAAGUUUUUUAUACAAGUCAUGGAUGUAGGAAGUUUGCGGCUAAACCAGUCAUUGCCAUUUAAUCUAACUACUCCAAGAAACUCUAGUUCUAAUGUUUCAUCUAGAGUUACAGAUGAUGUUGAGAUUGUUUGGGAGCCACCACUGGAGCCACUCUGUAAUUUACCUGCAGAUUGCAAGGAUUGACCACAUUCAACUUGCAAAUCAGCAAUUGAUGGGAAGAGGAGGUGCCUUUGCACCAAAAGCUUUCGAUGGGAUGGCACAAAGUUAAGUUGUACGCAAGUUAAACAGUGAAAUUUGAUGACCAAGAAGUCUUUGCGUCAAUAAGCAAGAACAUCAAGGGCAUUUUCGUAACAAGAAAGCCAAAACAGCCGAAAUUGCUGCAAUUGGAUGAUCAGAAAAAUUUCAAAACUAGUUUCAAUGAUAAAAAAUCGAACUUUUGUAUCAUGUCUUCUGCUGCCUUUUCGGAAUUGAGAAUUCCUGACUUUGUUCCUGCAUGACAGUAUGCUGGCUUGCCUUUGAAGAAUUGAGAAUUCCUUAAUCAAAAUUAUUUUCAAUAAUUUUGUUUACUUGACAUAUCAUGUUAUCUAUGAAGCAUGCUUAUCGAAAGAACUGGGUCCACUACUUUAGCGAUUUUUAUUUUGUUCUUGCUUUGUUGUGCAAAGUAGGUAAGGUUUCAAAAGAAAACAAUUAAAGGAAAAGGAAAAAAGAAGGGAUUCAAAUCAAACAGUUAAAAGUGUUUCAAUUUGCAUACUUUUAUGGCAACCUCUUUCAGUUAGACAGUGAAAUUUGAUGACCAAGAAGUCUUUGCGUCAAUAAGCAAGAACAUGAGGGCAUUUUCGUACCAAGAAAGCCAAAACAGCAGAAAUUGCUGCAAUUAGAUGAUCAGAAACCACACCGACGCUGUGCUUCUCACAACAAAGAAAAUUCUGCUUGUGCGUGAGCUGUUUUUCAUUUUGGUAACAGAAAGUUGAAAAAUGAAAAUGGGAGCAAUCACCGUGAUUAAGGGAUGGUCCGCAAACUGCAUGCUGUGUUCCAUGUUCAUCUUGUACAUACCAGUACUGAUGUGUUCCUUUCAUGUUUAUUGCGCUGAUAUAGUUUCUUUGAGGUAUGACGAGUGUAUUAGAGACGGUGGAGAAACUCUGGUUUCGCCUGGAAGAAAGUUUGAAUUAGGAUUCUUUAGUCCUGCUGGAAGUUCUGGCGACAAAAGAUAUGUUGGAAUAUGGUACAUGUGGGAUAAGCGAACAGUUGUAUGGGUUGCCAAUCGAGAUGACCCGCUUAUCAAUACUACUACUGGAGCUUUCGGAUUUGCAAAAGAUGGCAAUCUUCAGGUGUUGGAUACGAGUAGUGGGAAGGUACAUUGGUAUUCGGAAGUUGAUAGUUAUUAUUGUGAUCCGUGUACAAGUACAGACUGGAUUCUGAAUCUUACGGAUUCUGGAAACCUGGUGCUAUUCGAUAAUGAGACAAGUCUAUGGGAGAGCUUUAAUAAUCCAACUGAUACAUUUCUCCCAAACAUGACUAUGGAUCGAUACCCGAAGUUGAAUUUGACUUCUUGGAAAGACCGUGAUGAUCCUGGAACCGGGAACUUCACGUUUAUGCUAGAUACAGUAGGAAAUCCGAACACACAAAUCAUCAACAAAGAGGGGACGAUUUACUGGAAAAGCUCGGAGAAUGGUCCGUAUUACUCUAUCGUCUCAACAGAAGGUCAAUAUCGUUCUAGUUUUGAGGAUGCAAGGUUGGUGAUGAAUUAUAGUGGGAAGAUAGAGUAUUGGACACAGAUCACAAACGGGACAUGGUCGUUGUCAUCUGCGUAUCCGAGUGAUAAUUGUAGUGUGUACAAUUUUUGUGGAAAUUAUGGUAGCUGUAAUUUAAACAAUAAAUUGGCAUGCAAAUGUUUGCCAGGGUUCAAGCCCUAUGUCGCUCAGAAGUGGCAUUCUGGUGAUUUUUCAGAUGGGUGCACCAGAAAUUCGAUGUCCUGUGGCGACACCUUCUUAAACUUAAAGAUGAUGAAAACAAGGGGAAAACCAGAACAAAGGUAUCAUGUCGGAAACGAAACAGAAUGCAAAGAGUUGUGCCUUAAACACUGCGACUGCAAGUCUUAUUCAUAUAAUCAAUACUCAGAAAUGGCAUGCUGGAUUUGGAAGCAGGACUUAGUUGGUCUUCAAGAGGAGUAUGUUGAUGGUUAUAACCUCUCCAUCCGCGUAGCAAUUUCGGAUAUAGAACCAACCGUACAAAAUUGUAAGCCUUGUGGCACAAACAUGAUCCCUUAUCCACUUAGCACUAGCUCAAAUUGUGGUGAUCCUAUGUACUUCAGUUUCAAUUGCAACACCUCUGGUCAGGUUAGCUUCAAGGCCCCAAGUGGGACAUAUCGAGUCAGUAGUAUCAAUCAAAAUACAUCAAAGUUUUUUAUCCAAGUCAAGGAUGUUGGAAGUUUGCGGCUAAACCAGUCAUUGCCAUUUAAUCUAACUACUCCAAGAAACUCCAGUUCUAAUGUUUCAUCUAGAGUUACAGAUGAUGUUGAGAUUGUUUGGGAGCCACCUCUGGAGCCAAUCUGUAAUUUAUCUGCAGAUUGCUGGGAUUGGCCACAUUCAACUUGCAAAUCAGCAAUUGAUGGGAAGAGGAGGUGCCUUUGCACCAAAAGCUUUCAAUGGGAUGGCACAAACUUAAGCUGUACACAAGUUUCUUCACCAUCAGAAAAAGGAAUGAUAUUACUUCUGAUUGUUGGAAUAACUAGUGUGAUUGUUCUGUGCGCCAUUAUUUUUAUCUACAUAUGGAGAAGAAAGAUGACCAAGAGACAAGAAAAUAGACAAAUUGAUCAAAGAAAUCGAGUACAACGCAUGUUAUAUAGUGAAAGCUAUGUCCAAGGCUUGAUUGAUUCAGGCGAGUUCCAAGAAGAAGAUGAGAAAGGAAUAGAUGUACCCUUUUAUGAUUUGGAAAGCAUACGAGUUGCUACUAAUAACUUCUCAGAUGAAAACAAACUUGGACAAGGAGGCUAUGGGCCUGUUUACAAGGGUAAGCUUUCAAAUGGUCAAGAAAUUGCAGUAAAGAGGCUUUCAAGUGUUUCAGGCCAAGGUUUACAAGAAUUUAAGAAUGAGGUGGUAUUGAUUGCAAAACUUCAACACCGGAACCUUGUCAGACUCUAUGGAUAUUGCAUAAAAGGGAAUGAAAAGAUUCUAAUUUAUGAGUACAUGGCUAACAAAAGUUUAGACUUUUUCAUAUUUGAUCAAAAGCAAAGCAUAUUUUUGGACUGGGAGAUGCGUUUCAACAUCAUUUUUGGAAUUGCUCGAGGGCUUCUUUAUCUUCACCAAGACUCUAGAUUAAGGAUCAUUCAUAGAGAUUUGAAAACCAGUAAUGUUCUUCUAGACCAUGAAAUGAACCCCAAAAUAUCUGAUUUUGGAUUGGCAAGGAUUGUUGGUGGCACACAAACGGAGGCAAACACAACAAAAGUAGCUGGAACUUAUGGCUAUAUGUCUCCGGAGUAUGCAUUAGAUGGAAUCUUCUCAAUCAAAUCCGAUGUAUUUAGUUUUGGUGUAGUUUUACUUGAGAUCAUAAGUGGAAAGAAGAACACAGGUUUUUAUCAGUCAAAACAAGCAAUGAGCCUUCUAAGUUAUGCAUGGAGAUUGUGGACCGAUGACAAGCUGUUGGAUUUAAUGGACGAGACCCUACGAGAUACUUGCAUUGCAGAUCAGUUUGUGAAGUGCCUAAAUAUUGGUCUCUUAUGUGUACAACAUGACCCAAGUGAUCGCCCCACCAUGUCAAUUAUUAUCAAGAUGCUUGAUGGUGAAACUGCGAACCUUCCAACUCCCAAACAACCAGCCUUUUCCAUAAGGAGAGACCAAUCCAGCUCAAUUUCUUCUAGUAGACCGGAAUCGAAUAAUGAAUUAACAAGUAGUCUAGAACUAGAAGGACGAUGAUGCAUGGUUACGGUUCUUAUGAAUCUUGUCAUGCUCUUUACAAUUCCUUUUGCAAUCUACAAGGAGAUAAUGUAAAUAUUUUUCCUUAAUUAAUUCCGUUUCUGGAUAGUUCAGGUAACUAUAAAUCCUUUCCCAUGUUUGUUGCAGUGGUGUUUUGAAUUUGAACGGAUAAAAUUUGAAAUGUCUUAAAUUGUGGUUGGACUAUUG